AUGGUCAAGCUCGAAGAAGUCAUGGACGAGGAGUUCGUCCGCGAACAGGAGGGCCCCCACGACGAGGACGACUGGGACACAGACUCCGAGUCGGAUCUCGAAUCCGAAGCGUCGUUUGUGCCCGACGAGACGCUGUACGAGCGCAUCGCCGCGCUGAAAGACAUAGUCCCCGCGUCAACGCGCCGCUCGAUCCACGCCAAGUACGAGACGCUCAGCUCGUGGACAAAGAGCGGGCUGUUGUUCGGCGGCAAGACGCUGUGGGUCGUCAGCACGUCGGCGCUGCUGCUGGGCGUCCCGUGGGCGCUGGCGUACAGCGAGGAGCAGAUGAUCGUCGAGCAGGAGCGGGCGGAGCUGAUGCAGCAGCGGGCGCAGAACGAGUUCAUGGCGCCGGGUGCCGGCGAGGUCAAGCCUGCUCUGUAG